CUUUUUUUUCCGUCUCACUAUGGCAAUUUUCAACGACCUUGCAGUCGAACUACAAGAGGCUAUUUGGGAGCUGGUCCUCCCCGCUGCUCGUGGUGUGCACUGGAUCGAAAUUGAGGGCACUCCACACGAUCCUGAAUUUAUUCGCGACAGCAUCCGCCUCAUCGAGUGGCACAAGUUUGACUACAUGCCGGAGACGGAACGCGACGUCAUAAAAGCACGCAAACGCAAUCCUGGGUUUCGUAAACGGGCCGAAACAAAGGAGGAGGUGUCGGGUCCUUUCUUCCGCUACCUUUAUACGACCGUGCCGAGUGUCUUCGGCCGCUCAGGGUCUGCCGACCCUACCUACAACAUUGAGUACAGCGAAGGGCAGAAAAGAGACCUUGUUGAUGAGAUAGCCUACACACGUCGCUGUAGGCAACUAUCAACAUAUCACCAGAUCGCUACACUUCUCUCUACUUGCCGGUUAUCACGCUACAUCGCGAAGAAGUACAUUUGGGACAAUCGCGAGUGCAGUUGGCCCAUUCACCGUAGCAUGGGCUCGCUCUAUCGGCCGCGCCCAAUGGAAGUAUGGGCAACUCAGUACAAUGGUGAUAAGUUCCCGCCGGCGUCAAGAAGCAGACAGGCGCUUCGCCCUCGGAUGCAUACGCUCGACCUCAUUGUCUUCCGUUUGCACGAUAGUCAAGGUCGAGCAACGCCUCUGCUCAGGCAAGCUGCCUGGCAGUACUAUAUUGAGAGCUAUAGGCACGGAACAACAUUUGGAUGCUUUAAUCGGGUGGGCAUCGAGUGGCAUCCGUCGUGGGGCACGGGCGUGGGCCGGACAAAGGUGUGCUCCCAGAACGUCCAAGCAAUUAUAAGGGCAAUGCGCAUGCCGUACAAAAAGUUUCUGCGGCCGUAUUGGAUCAAGGACGGUGUGUGGCGUCCCGAAUGGAAGGGUGAUUACCCAACUGCAAAAGAGCUGCAGCACAAACACAUAACACCAUAUUGGCUCGUCGACGGUGUGCCGCGUCUCAAUUGGAAGCGAGACUACCCAACUGUAGUAGGACACGUGUUCGCGAGGCGAAUGGCUGAUGAGAAGGAGAGAGUUUUGGAAUCUCUCCACAAGCACUGGGGAUUAAGCGAUGAGGACCUGACAGCUAUGGUAACGGACCAACAUCUCAACCAAGAGUUCGAGGCCAACGGGCGUCGAUACUAUAUUGUUUUUGUUGUAUUUGACUCCUUUGAAGAGGAAGAAAGAGACCAACUUGAAAAGGCUGGGCUAGGCUACUGCGAGCCAUUCCCAGGCAGCGCAUCUAUGUGGCCCGACGCAAUCAGAGAGCCAGCGCAGCUCGCUUAUGACGCAAAUUAUGAUCACUCUAAUAACUUAGGAACUGCAAGUUAUACUUCAUAUAUUCUUAGCUGGGAGCCAAUUUACUAGGCCCAUAAUGCUUACUGAAUGUUGUCAUCGGAACGUAGAAUUUGUACACUAAUUACGAAGAUUUUG